UAACACAUGCAAAUGGAAACAUCCUACUUGCUUUCAAGAUGACAAUUACAUCAAAGGAGAACGGUCAGUCCCUGUAACAUCAUCUGAUUCAAGGUCUGAUAACUCGACAGCUGCUGUGUCCUUAAGUGUGUCUGGAAAGGGAUCAUCCUAUACAUCAAUGGUUGUACCAGUAUGGGUAUCAUCAAGCAAAGAUGUGAGUACAGAAAAAUUAGUUUAUGCCUUGCUUGAUUCACAAAGCGAUAAAACCUUUAUUGAUCAAGAAGUAAGUAAUGUCCUGCAGGUAGAUAAAUCUCCUGUAAGGUUAAAAUUGACUACCAUGUCUGGAAAGGAUACCAUAGUGAAGAGUGAAAGGAUUUCAGGACUUCGUGUAAGAGGUUACAGCUCUGCCACUUAUAUUGAACUCCCCCCUGUUUAUACUAAAGACUGUAUACCAGUUAACCAGGCACACAUACCCACAUGUGAAACGGCUAAGCUUUGGAAUCAUCUUUCCGCAAUUAUUUAUGAGAUGCCCUCUUUGAAGGACUGUGAGGCUGGGCUUUUGAUUGGAUAUAAUUGUGCCAGGGCAUUGGCGCCAAGACAAGUGAUCCUAGGAAGUAAUGAUGAACCCUAUGCUGUCAAAACUGAUCUAGGUUGGAGCAUUGUUGGACCUUCAUUACCUUGCCCCGACUCUUCUAGUGUCACAGGUAUUUGUCAUAGACUUUCUGUUAAGGAAAUUCCUCCACUGACUCCAGCAGAUGCCAUUCGUGUCUUGGAAUCUGAUUUUAAAGAUGUUAAUGAUGACGACAAAACUUUAUCUCAAGAUGACAUCACGUUUUUGAAUAAAUUAAGUGAUGGUAUAAGGAAGAAUUGUACUGGACACUAUGAAAUGCCUCUACCCUUUAAAGAAAGACCUAAGCUACCAGACAAUAGACAACUUGCCCUUGUGAGACUUAAUCAUUUGAAGAGAAAAUUAUUAAAGGAUCAAAGGUAUAGGGAGCAUUAUGUGAAAUUUAUGGAAGAUGUGAUUGAAAGGGGAGAGGCAGAAGAAGUUAAAGAUGUUGGGAUUGAAGGCAACAAGUGGUAUGUUCCCCAUCACGGUGUUUACCACCCUAAGAAACCAGACAAAUUGAGAGUUGUUUUUGAUUGUUCUGCGAGGUAUGAUGGAAUCAGCUUAAAUGAUUAUCUCCUUCAAGGACCUGAUUUGAUGAACAAUUUGACGGGUAUUCUUCUCCGAUUUCGUCAACACCCUGUUGCUUUAAUAUGUGAUGUAGAGAAAAUGUUCCAUCAGUUCCAUGUGUGUAAGGCAGAUAGAGACUUUCUGCGAUUCUUGUGGUGGAGAAAUGGAGAUUUGAAAGAACAACCUCAAGAAUACAGAAUGAAAGUUCAUCUCUUUGGAGCGUCUUCAUCUCCAGGAUGUGUGAAUUAUGGAUUGAGGCAUUUGGCUGAAGGUAGUAGAGAUCAGUAUCCCUUGGGCUUUGACUUUGUAAUGAACAAUUUUUAUGUAGACGAUGGUGUUACAAGUGUACAGACAACAGCGGAUGCAAUUCAGCUUGCACGAGAAGCCCGAGAACUUUGUGCUAUUGGUGGUCUUAGACUUCACAAAUUUGUGUCCAGUGAUAAAGCGGUCUUGGAAAGUAUUCCUCCUUCAGAACGUGCUAAUGAUAUAAGAGAACCUGACCUUUCAUUUGAUGAUUCUUUGGUAGAGCGAACACUGGGGAUUCAGUGGAAUGUGGAACGUGACUGCUUUCAGUUUGGUGUAUGUCUCAAGGAGCAGCCAGUAACUCGACGCGGAAUCUUAUCUACUAUUGCAUCACUGUACGACCCAUUAGGCUUCUUAGCUCCAUUCAUCCUCCGUAGAAAGAAGAUACUCCAGGAAGUAUGCAGACAGGGUAUAGGCUGGGAUGAUACACUGAGUUUUGAGUUGCAGCCAAGGUGGGAGUGUUGGAAAAGGGAUUUGAGUAACUUGAAGAAAGUGAUUCUUCCCCGCACAUAUGCUCCUCCUGAGUUUGGAAAGGUGAAGGAAGUAGAGCUGCAUCAUUUUUCAGAUGCUAGUACUAGUGGAUAUGGACAGUGUUCAUAUCUGAGAUUGAAAAAUGAAAGAGAAGAUGUUCAUGUUGCCCUUGCAAUGGCAAAGUCUCGCGUGUCCCCGAUAAAAAUUACAACUAUUCCAAGGUUGGAGUUAACAGCUGCAGUUGUUUCAGUAAGUGUCAGUAGAAUCCUAAAAGAAGAGCUUCGAUAUACUGACAUCACUGAAUUUUUCUGGACCGACUCCAAGGUUGUUCUGGGAUAUAUCAAUAAUGAGGCCAGACGAUUCCACACUUUUGUUGCUAAUAGAGUACAACGGAUUCAUUUAAGCACUGUGCCGCAGCAAUGGAGAUAUGUUCCAACAAAGGAUAAUCCUGCGGAUCAUGUCUCAAGGGGUCUCACUGUGGAUGAAUUGAUCUCGUCUAACUGGUUCACAGGGCCAGGGUUCUUGUGGAAUAAGGAAAUUGCCCUUUCACCUAGUGAAGUUCCAGAAUUACAAUUAAGGGACUCUGAAGUCAGAAGUUUUCAAACGCUUAACACAAAGGUUGUGGAGCAGGGAAGUAUUGUAAAUCGCUUGUGCAAGUUUUCAUCUUGGUCUCAUGUGGUCCGAGCAAUUGCACGCAUUCAACGACGAAUUAACAAGGAUAAAUCAAGUGGUCUUUCUACAGUUGAGGAGAGAGAAAGUGCAGAGUGCCUAAUAGUGAAACUCUUACAAAAACAUGUGUUCCACACCGAACUGAAAGUGUUAAGUAAAGGUGCCCAGUUGUCAUCUCGUAAUGAAUUGUACAACCUCAACCCAUUUCUUGACAGCGAUGGUGUGCUUAAGGUGGGAGGACGUCUAAGUAACUCUUCUCUUUGUCAUUCACUUAAACAUCCUGUAAUUAUUCCCAAAAACCAUCAUAUUACAAGGUUGAUCAUAGCUGAUUGCCAUGAAAAAGUCAAGCAUCAAGGUAAAGGGUUUUACCAUCAAUGAAAUCCGUUCAAAGGGUUUUUGGAUCCCUGGCAUUAAUCGUGCUGUAGCAUCUUAUGUGCAUAAUUGUGUCACCUGUAGAAAACAUAUACGACCAGUGGAAGAGCAAAGGAUGGCUGACUUGCCUUCAGAGAGAGUGAAUCCCUCGCCCCCAUUUACUUACUGUGGUAUGGACUGUUUCGGUCCAUUUUCUGUGAAACAAGGACGAAAGGUGUAUAAAAGAUAUGGAUUGAUCUUUACCUGUCUGUCUUCCCGUGCCAUUCACGUUGAAAUGAUUGAUUCUUUGUCAACGGAUUCUUUUAUUAAUGGCUUGCGUUGUUUUAUUGCUUUACGUGGAGCAGUUCGGCAGAUUAGAUCUGAUCAAGGAAGUAACUUUGUGGGUGCAAAGAAUGAGUUAACUGCAGCCCUCAAAGAACUUGACGUUGAGAAACUGAAUUAUUUCCUAGUUGAGAAUCAGUGUGAUUUCGUAUUGAACGCACCAGGUGCAAGUCAUGCAGGAGGUGUAUGGGAACGACAGAUUAGGACGGUUAGAAGUGUUCUUCAGUCUACACUUUUGAUGGCUUCAGAACGAAUUGAUGAUUCUUCUUUACGAUCAUUCCUUUACGAAGCAAUGUCAAUUGUAAACAGUCGUCCACUCACUGUCGACAAUUUAAGUGAUCCAAAUAGUCUUGAACCAAUAACACCAAAUCAUUUUCUUACAAUGAAAUCCACUAUUGCUUUACCACCUCCAGGCAAGUUCACUAGAGAAGAUCUAUAUGCCAGGAAAAGAUGGCGCCAUGUCCAAUAUCUUGCUGAACAAUUUUGGAGUCGCUGGCGCAAAGAAUAUCUUUCUAAUAUUUCUGUUAGACAGCGCUGGCAUACCCCUAGGAGAAAUCUGUUAGUAGGAGAUAUAGUGAUUGUCAAGGACAGUGAUCUACCCAGGCAUAAAUGGUCUUUAGGUAGGGUUGUAGAAACUACCAUAGAUUCAGAUGGACUUGUGAGGAGAGUUCGGGUACAUCUUGGUGAUAAAAAUUUGGAGAAAAAUCUACAAGGUCUUAGUAAGCCUUCUGUGAUUGAACGUCCAGUCCAGAAGUUGGUUUUACUGUUGGAGGCUUGUUAAUUCCUUUUCUUUUUGUUUUGCUUGAUUUUUGUUGUUGUUUUUCUCAACUAUGUAUUUUUUAUAUGCAUUGUAUUGUGGGUCAUGGUAUUUUUGAAAUCAUUUGUGUAUUGUGACUCAUGAUUUGGUGGGAGUGUAACGGACUGGCAAUUGUUAACCAGAUAUAUGAAGUCUGUAUUGCAUUGACCCUUUUUUUUUGUACAGAGCAGCUAAAGGACUUUUAUUAUGAAAUUAACUUAAUGCGCAAAUUGGACCUGUAUAAAGAGCGACACAUUUCCGCUGUUUGUGUGUGUGCGCUUUGUGAAGGACGCAGCCUGCAGUUUGACGUCUUUUUCUUCCUUUUAUUGUACUUGUGCGUCUCACUGAAAAGGGAAAUAAGGUAAUUGGUUUUGUACAUUGUAUGAUGCAUAAUGUGAUGUUAGGUUUUGUAUUUGGCUUAUGUAUUGUUUGUUUCUGUUUUUGUUUGU